UACACUCCUUAUUACAGCUACCCUAUAAAUCCUCUUCUUUUCCUCCCUAAAAUUUCUCGACAUGCAAGAACCCUUAAUUUCAAAACUCAAAAACCCAUAACACACAAUGUUCCUCAUCAAAUCACUCAUUGUUUCUGCUUUCUUGAUUUAUUCUUCUACUUUGUUUUCAAUCUCUCAUGGGUUCUCUGCAUCAGAAGAGGCACAGAACACAUCUAUCGAAGUAGAUUUGAAUGAGGAAUAUGGUGUUGUUGUAAAAGCUGCGGAAAGGUCUGAUCUUGAGGAGGAGGAGAAGAAUUCAACCAUUGUGUUGGCUGCAACAAGGACAAUCAGAAGAGACCCCCUUGACCAUUUCAAUUAUUACAGGGGUGGAUGGAACAUAACUGAUUCGCAUUAUCUUGCUUCUGUUGCCUACACUGCUGCUCCUCUAUUUGGGAUUGCUCUCGUCUGGUUUGUGGUUUGGGGUCUAUUUCUCAUUUGUGCAUGCCUUUGUUGCUGCUGCUGCUGCCGCCGAAAGAAGAGCUAUGGCUAUUCUCAAACAUCUUAUGCACUUUCAGUUGUCUCUCUCAUAAGCUGCAUUGUCGCGGCCGUAUGUGGAUCUGUUUUUCUGUUCAUUGGACAGGCAAGGUUCCGACAUAGUGUAACAGAUACAUUGGAUUAUAUAGUGAAUACUGCCUUAAGCAUAUAUGAUAGAGUGAGGAACUUUUUGAUUGCUCUGACGUCGUCUACAGAAAUUGCUGUGGAUCAAAUUGCUUUAUCGGCAGAUCUCCUGAAGCAAAUCGGUGAUGUAAACGUAAUGCUCAAUGUUUCAUCGCAUCUUCCUCAAGCCCAGUCGCUGAAGAAAUCUCUUGACAUAGAAAAUGUCAUUGGUCCUGUUGGAGUCGCCCUUAACAUAGGUGUCGCUGUGAUUCUUGUCUUCGCGAUUCUUGGUUUCCUAUUUGCACUUUGUGGCAUUAAAUUCCUUGUGUACAUAUUGGAAGUCAUAGGGUGGAUUCUCGUCACUGGUACAUUUAUUUUGGCUGGCGUGUUUCUAGUUUUCCGUAAUGUAGUAACAGACACUUGCAUUGCAAUGGAUCAGUGGGUGGAAAACCCAGCAGCUCAUUCGGCAUUGAGUGAUCUUCUGCCUUGUGUUGACAAUGCAACUGUCCAAACGUCUCUGAAUGUAAGCAACGGAGUCACCUUUGGAUUGGUCGAAGUUGUUGAUCAGUACAUCACCACUAUUGCCAACCAGAACUUCCCAGAAGAAGCUGGACCUCUCUAUCACAAUCAAACCGGUCCAUUGGUUCCUCUCCUCUGCAGUCCAUUUGACUCUAACUUGACUAGGCGACGUUGUGCUCCUGGUGAAGUAGACUUCAAUCAUGCUGGACAGGAGUGGAAAAAAUAUGUCUGUCAAGUAUCAGCAGAUGGUAUUUGCACUACUGUAGGGCGCUUGACACCUACGGCAUAUGAUCAGAUGAUGGCUGCUGUAAACACUAGCAGCGAAAUAACUAGUUUUGGACCAUUCCUCGCCGAUCUUGUUGAUUGCACCACUGUCCGGAACACUUUCAGAGACAUCAGCAAAACUUACUGUCCUGGUCUGAGACGAAACAGUUUCCGGACCUAUAUGGGUAUGGUAAUCGUAUCAGCAGCAAUGGCUUUCUCUCAGAUUUUCUGGUUGUUCUAAGAGAGAGACGACACAGGAUUCGUUACAAGAAAACCAUAUGUAUGACUGAAUAUCCUUUAGUAGGAAGAAGCAGAUCAUGAGCUUUGAAGAACAGAUUAUCUUUUAUUUGCCAAAAGUCUGACUGUUCUUCCUAACAUGUAGGCACAGGCAAUAGGAGAUUUGACACCAUGAGAGUAUGAUGGAAAACUUUCAUUCUGUACAUUAUUUUGUAGCCUUUUUAAUAUUACAUUAUGACAAAAGCUUACACCUUUGUUGCUGACCAUAACAGAACCUAAUCAGGUAAUUUGAUUUGGUUUUUUUCCUAAAAGAACUGAUAA